AUGGUAAGGCUCAGAGGAAGGCAAGAAAUGGCCAUGGAUGUUGUCCUGGGUGGGUGGAUCUGCUGCUUGCUAGGGUGGCUGGCCCCCACCUGGGCCCUGAGCAACCAGGACAACAGCCUCUCGGAGGACCAGGAGAACUACCAGGUGCACGGGCAGAUUCUGCUGUGGCUCCUCAGCCUGGCGUGUUUCUACAGCCUGGUCUGGCUCCUGGGAGGUUUCUCCAUGGAGCAGUGCCCAGUGGCUCAGCGGGACACAGAGGUGAGUGCCUGGGGGCGGCAGAGAACUGGUGCCAAACCCACCCUCUGGCAUGUGGGGCAAAGGGCAGAAGCCUGCAUAGGGUGGCCAGACCUCCAGGGCUCUCCAGGUUUGCCUGGCCCCUCCAAGUAGCAGAGGGAGGGCUUGAAUUUCCAGGUGGUGUCUUCUUCUUCUUCUUAUUCCUCCUCCUCCUCCUCUUCCUCCUCUUCCUCUUCCUGUACGUGCAGCUUGCAAGCUUCAGCCAGGAAGGAGCCAGCUGCAAAUUAUUGCACAGACAUUUUGACUUCUCCUUUCCCAAUUAACCUCCAUCUCCAGGGCUCAGUGGUGGGAAGCAGAAGGAAGAGGAAGAAUCACCAGGGCUGAGGAGGGUCAUUAGGAAAGGAGGCAUGUUUCAGGUCUUUGGGGCCUGUGUUUGUCAGGGUUUUAAACACUAUUGCAAGCACCUUAGGUUGAGCCCGGAAAUGAACCGGCAGCAAAUGCCAGAGGCGGGUGGGAGAAAACAAGCGAGGAAAGGGAAGCCUACCUGGUUGUGGCUCCCCAGACCCCUCCAAGGGAAUGUGGCCUUCCCCAGCCCCUGUCUUAACAACUGCUCACUGCUGCCUUUUUCUGAUCAGGUCACGGACAGCCACAUGCCCCCACCGCACACGCCUUGUGGGCCCCGGCGUGGCUGCUCUGUCCGGUCAGGCCUGAAGUCGCUGGGGUACAUGGAGCAGGAGCUGGUGAGCUUGAUGUACAGGCUGCGCAAGCUCAAGAUGGCCCUGGCCACGGGCUGGCUCACCGCAAACAGGCAGAGGAGGAGCACCCAGGCCGACCUUCCCGAUGACUUUGUGAUCUACGCAGUCCAGGACGAGACAUAG